AUGUACGCCGGCAGACGAGUCGGCGCCGACAUCCGCGCCGCGAUGGUUGGUGGAGACGGACGGCGCGGAGGCGAGCUGUGCGCAGCCCGCUCAGAAGACGGCGUCGGCGUCGGGUACCGAAUCGGCGACUGCGGCUCUAUGCCCAGUGACAGCCAUUGGCUGGCCACCAUGGAUGGUGGCGGUGGUGGGCACGGGCCGUCGCCGUGGAGUGGACACCUAGGCCGGGGUGGAGCCGGCAAGGCGAGGACCGGCGCUGGAGGCGCCGGUGGAGUCGGUGCCCUCGACGGUGGCGCCGCGGGCGGAGCCGCGGAUGGCGCCGCGGGCGAAGCCGUGGACGACACCACCGAACGCCGUGACGGAGGGCCGACGAAAAAGCCCGGGGUUCCUGUUGAGAUCACGGCGUUCGCCACGAAAGCGAUAGCCGCGAGCCUCGCCAAGGAGUUCCCGGAUGUCCUCCAGUAG